AGUAGUAGUACUCUGUUUUUCUGUGAAAAUAAAAGAGAAAAAAAGGAAGUUCUUAAAGUUUGAAAGAAUUACCAAUUUACCAGCCAUGGCCCCUGUUUUUACAAGUAUGGCUUCCUUCCUUCCUUCCUUGAUGUCUUUAUCUAGUUUGGAAUCAUUUCAGAAAUUUCCAUACUCUCCAGACCAAACAUAAAGUAAUCAUCUCCAUUAUCCAUUAUCUACCUGCAUCUUCUCUCUAUCAGUUCUCCUACAAAUCACAAUAAUUUAAAAUCCUCAACAUACUAGAAGGAAGAAGAAGAAGGUUCAUCUUCUUUUCAGGUGACAUGAACUGUGGUCUACUUUCAGCCUCAUUUGUGGUCCGAUUCGAUCUUCAAUUACCUUGGAGCCGUGAGAUGUCCUCCAUGAUUGUGUAAUUACAAGCUGACUUUUUUUGGUUUAUCUCUGAUAGUAUAGAUAAAGGCAGCAUCAAUCAAGAACCCAACAAACCCACUAACGAUUUAAGCAGUUCUGAAAAGAAAGAUUUUUCAAGUAUGGGUCUUCUUCUUCUUCACCAACAUGCUCGCCGUCUCCUCCUUGACACGAGGGCACCGCCCGGACCACCUCUGACAGUGACAGACGGUAGCAGAACUAGAGAUUCUCCGACCAGUCGCGAGGCAAAUUUCGACACAAACAUGGUCAUCAUCUUAGCAGCUCUCCUCUGUGCACUAAUCGGUGCUUUAGGGCUAAAUGCGAUAGUCCGGUGCGCUUUAAGAUGCAGCAGGAGGUUCAAUUUGAAUCCCCAAAACGAGCGGCUGGCAUCAAAAGGGCUGAAGAAAAGUGAGCUGCAGCAGAUUCCAGUUGCCGUCUACGGUGCCUCGGGGGCUUAUAUUCCGGCGACCGAGUGUCCGAUUUGCCUGAGCGAGUUUGCCGAGGGCGAGAAAGUUAGGGUUUUGCCAAUAUGUCACCAUGGAUUUCAUAUGAGGUGUAUUGAUGUAUGGCUGACUUCUCAUGCCUCGUGUCCCACUUGUCGUCAGUCGUUGCUGUUGCCGGUAAAUCUGUCGGCCGGGCAAGGUGAUGCAUCCGCCGCCGGUGAUGAAAUUGAUUAAAUUCAAAACAUACACAAAUAUUAUAUGUAUGUAUUGUAUUGUAUGGAAUUAGACCUUUUUGUUGUUCUAUUAGCACUUGUUUAUUAUAUAUAUAUAUAUUAGCUUUGUA